GUUGUCCAUCUCCAGAUCAGUAUGAAGACCCUCCUGCUGUUCUCCCUUCUGGGACUCGCUGUGGCCCAGCCCAUUGAAGAUGAUGAUAAAAUCGUUGGCGGUUACCAUUGCUCGGUUCCCUAUCAAGUGUCCCUGAACGCGGGGUACCAUUUCUGUGGGGGGUCGCUGAUCAAUGAACAUUGGGUGGUGUCUGCCGCUCACUGCUACCAAUCAAAAAUGGAGCUCAGGAUCGGAGAAAAUAACAUUGAGCUGCUGGAGGGGACAGAACAAUUCAUCCAAUCUGCCAAGAUCAUUCGCCACCCCCAGUAUAACAGUUGGACCAUUGAUAAUGACAUCAUGUUAAUUCAACUGCAGGAACCGGCCCAACUGAACAAUGAGGUCCAACCCAUCCCGCUCCCCACUGAGUGUCCCCCUGUGGGCUCCAUCUGCCUCAUCUCCGGCUGGGGAAACACCCUGAGCAAUGGAGUAAACUAUCCAGACCUGCUGCAGUGCAUUGAAGCUCCGAUCCUCAGCGACCAGGAGUGCCGCCAGUCCUACCCCGGGAGCAUCACCGACAACAUGAUCUGCGUGGGCUACCUGGAGGGGGGCAUCGACUCCUGCCAGGGAGACUCGGGCGGCCCGGUGGUGUGUGACAGGGAGUUACAGGGAGUCGUCUCCUGGGGGAGGGGCUGUGCCCUGCCGGGGUACCCGGGGGUCUAUACCAAGGUGUGUAACUACCUGUCCUGGAUCCGCGACACCAUCGCCAACAAUUAAUUAUCUGUACUGGGGGGCUCUGCUCCCACACAAUAAAUGGCAAAUGUAACCUGA